GCCCCCGUGCUGGUGGCGCAGCCUCUGCUUGCUGCCGACCUGGCGGGAGGGUGCGAGAGCGCACGCUACAGGCAGCGUCGGUCUGCGUCCUUCCUCCUCCUAUUCUGACUCCCGCAUCCCCCGCCCCCGCCUCACUCAGCGCCUCCUCCCUGGCUGCAGGCAGACGGCUCCACACAGCCGCAGCGCCCGGUGUCUACACAGCCUGUGGGAGACUCGCACGCCCACACUCACUCCGCCUGGCUGCAUCCCUGCCCAGCAUGUCGGCGCUCGAGUGGUACGCCCACAAGUCUCUAGGCGAUGGUAUCUUCUGGAUUCAAGAACGCUUCUACGAGUCGGGCAACCGUGCCAACAUCUGGCUGGUGCGCGGCUCCGAGCAGGACGUGGUGAUCGAUACAGGCCUGGGGCUGCGCAGCCUUCCGGAGUACCUGUACUCCUCAGGCCUCUUGCAGGACCGCGGGGCCAAAGAGGACGCGGCGCGCCGGCCGCUGCUUGCCGUGGCCACCCACGUGCACUUCGACCACUCCGGCGGCCUCUACCAGUUCGACCGGGUGGCCGUGCACCACGCCGAGGCCGAGGCGCUGGCUCGCGGGGACAACUUUGAGACCGUGACCUGGCUCUCCGAUAGCGAGGUGGUGCGGGCGCCCAGCCCCGGCUGGAGGGCCAGACAGUUCCGGGUACAGGCGGUGCAGCCCACCCUCAUCCUGCAGGAUGGGGAUGUGAUCAACCUUGGUGACAGACAGCUCACUGUUAUGCACAUGCCAGGUCACUCCAGGGGCAGUAUUUGCUUACAUGACAAAGACCGAAAGAUUCUCUUCAGUGGAGACGUCGUGUAUGAUGGAUCACUGAUUGACUGGCUCCCCUACAGCAGGAUAAGUGACUAUGUUGGGACCUGUGAACGUCUAAUAGAAUUAGUGGACAGAGGUCUGGUAGAGAAGGUGCUUCCCGGGCACUUCAAUACCUUUGGUGCUGAAAGGCUUUUUCGAUUGGCUUCUAACUAUAUUUCAAAAGCUGGGAUAUGUCACAAAGUUUCUACUUUUGCCAUGCGAUCUCUUGCAAGUUUAGCUCUACGUGUAACAAAUUCUAGGACCUCACCAUAGUAUCUAUACUGAUAAUAUAUUUUGAUUAAUUACAUACAUUAAUUCAUUCUGUACUAUUUAACUGAUUAAUAGUGAGCAUUUCAUGAAGUGUUUUUUAUACCACUAUUAUAUAUCAGAGAAAGAUUGAGAAUGAAUAAGCCAAAAAGCAAAUUGUUAGUUUAAAUUAUUUUCUUUCUUCUAAGAAAGAAGCCAUUUAAUAUGCUUAUACUUUGCCAAAGCUGUCAUCUUGUAAUGUAUGCUCUAGAAAUGACAUAAAGGUUUAUAGGGAAGUAAAGAGAGAUUCUGUGGCAAGAGAAAGAACUGCUCUUGCCUCUGUUUGUCUUGUUUUAUUUCCCAGAUGACCUAGGAAAAAAGGCAUAUAGAGUAUUAUGUUUGUACUUUAAACUUGAUAUUUUUAGUGUAUUAUUUAAAGAUAAAGGUUCUUGGGUUUAAAAUACAUCAGAAUUUAAUGCAGACAUAUGAAGUAACACUGAGAAUGACAGCUAAAACAUUCCAUUGUUAUCGUCCUGCAUUUUUUAUGCUUCAUUUAUUUAUUCUUUGUGUAAUUAUAGCAUACAUGACAUGUAAUAUAACUUAUGAAAAGUACAGUGAAUCUUGCUUUAUUGCAAAGCUUUAAAUAUAAAUUGCAGAGUGCUUCAGUAUAAAGCUACUAUAUGUUGUUUGUUAUUGUGUAAGUAAUAUUUUCAAUUAUGAAAGUGAAAUGCAAAUGUCUGUAAUCUAACUACAAAUUGUCAGAUUCUUAAAAGGACACUGUCAGGCAAAUUUGAAAAUAUACACAUUGAGAAUAAUUUUUUAUUAUUAUAUCCUAUUUUAAUAUUAACAGCUAUUAUAAACAAAAUUUUUCCUGUUAAAUAGCGACUUCAGUAUUGUGUUAUGUUUUACAGUAUUAGAACUACUAUGAAGAUCUGCAACUAUUCUUUUACUUAACAUGCAUAUGUACUACAGAGGGAUUUUUAAAUUAAUUGCAAAAUGUGCAUUAGCUAUUGACUUAGAGUGAAUUGCCUUUUGUAUCCUGAUUCACAACACCUAUUCCUGUUCAGUAUUCUUUGUCUUGAAUAGAGAAGUCUACGUUCGUAAAGUCAUAGAAAAGGUUAUACCACUAUUUAGUAAAAUGUUUUAGUUUGGUGCUGUUAAUAAUUUGUUAAAAGGCCUUUUAGAAUAUUUCAUAAAGGGUUUUAAACAAUUUUUUCCCACUGCCUUUUUAUUACUGACAUAACUAAAACCAAACUGAAAUCGCUUGGAAAUCAGAUUUUUUAAUGUUAGGAAGAUCCAGCAACUUUGGUUUCUGAAAAAUUAUGAGACUUUUCUACCCUACAGAUGCCCAGGUUCUUUAGUUUUUUAUUCAUUCAACUCACACACACAUAAACAUAUACAUACACAAACACAACCCCACAUGCAAACACACACAGUCACAUAUAUACAUGUGUAGCACAGCGCUAAACACUGUGGAGGCUUAAAAAAGUCAAAGACAACAUUAUAGCUAAAAGUUGAAAGCACACAAAAUAUAAAUAAUAGUAUAUGCAAGUUAAUGUACAUUAUACGUGCAUGUAAGGGACAUAAAUGGAGGGGUGUGAACUUCGGUUAGGCAAAGUUUACUGGAGGAGGGGUUUUUGAAUCAAAUUUGGAAGGAUGAGCUUGUUAGAUGGUCAGGGUAGGAAACAAAACAAUCCAAGAAUAGGGAUAUAAGCAUUGCUAGUCUAGAAUAGUCUAUUCCUUGUGAAAAUAUAAAUUUAAUUUUCAGGAAUCCAAUAUAUUCCAAACACCAGAUAUUUAGCAUGAGAAAAAUUGAUUUGUGAUUGUGUAUAUGAGUCAUUCUUAAUGGGAGACAAGCUGAACUGCCACAUGCCACCAAAUGAACCUUUACUUCAAUCAAAAAGGAGAGUAUGAUUGGUUCAAUUAUAUUAAUAGGAUAUCAUGGGCAUUUCUCUAUGAUGGUCAUUCAAGGCAGUAGGUCUGUUUCAACUGAGUGCAACAUUGAGAAUAAUGAUUUGGUUCAGGGCAACUACAAAUAAUCACUUACUAAGCCUUAAAUAAAGCCAUUAUUUUUAUAUCAGUAGCACAAAGGAAAACCAAAAGUCCUUAACCACUGAUCAUUUUUAUCAUAUUUUAGGCCUUUUUUUAAAAAUCAGGGUAUAGUAGGCACUAAGUUUUUUUUUUUUUUUUUUUUUUUUGAGACAGAGUCUCGCUCUGUCAC